CCUAAUGAUGCUACUAUCUUGGUCACUGGCUCCAAGUUGUUUCAUUUCUGUGAAGCAUUUGAACAAGCAGAAGGCAAGGAGGAACAACACUUUUGUUGAAAACACAUUGUGCUCUUCAGGAUGGAUAUUUGUCCCACUGGGUCAUCUGACUUGUGUGAGACUGAAGAGGCUGAAAUAGAGAAAAUCAGGCAGCACAGACAGGAGCUUUUGGAGGACAUUAAGAAGCUGAAGGAAGAGAUUGCUGAAGUGUUUGCAGAGAUUGAGUGCUUCCAAAAAUCAGAGAGGCAAGAGGCAGGCAAUAAUCCUGGGGAGCAGACCAGCAAACUAUCACAGAGCGAUAAAAUUCUGUCCCUGGGCCGGAAGAAAUUCAACAUGGAUCCUGCAAAGGGGAUUCAGUACCUGAUUGAGCAGAAGGUAUUGUCCUCAGACCUGCAGGAGAUCGCCAAAUUCCUUCACAAGGGUGAAGGCCUGAACAAGACAGCCAUUGGGGAUUACCUGGGAGGGAGGGACCCUACAAAUGUUCAGAUCCUCCAAGCCUUUGUGGCAUGUCACCAGUUUGCCAACCUCAACCUGGUGCAGGCAUUGAGGCAGUUCCUAUGGAGCUUCCGUCUGCCUGGGGAAGCACAGAAGAUUGACCGGAUGAUGGAGGCCUUUGCCAACUGGUACUGCAAGUGUAAUCCAGGCGUAUUCCAGUCCACAGAUACCUGUUAUAUACUCUCCUUCUCUAUCAUCAUGCUUAACACCAGCCUGCACAACCCGAAUGUGAAAGACAAACCUCCCUUUGAAAGGUUUGUAUCUAUCAACAGAGGCAUUGACAAUGGAGAGGACCUUCCAGAAGAGCUCUUAAAGAAUCUGUUUGUGAGCAUCAAGAACGAGCCAUUCUCCAUACCAGAGGAUGAUGGGAACGAUCUCACACAUACUUUCUUCAACCCUAACCGUGAGGGCUGGCUCCUGAAACUAGGAGGACGUGUGAAAACCUGGAAACGCCGUUGGUUCAUUCUGACCGACAACUGCCUGUACUACUUUGAAUAUACCACGGACAAAGAGCCUCUGGGCAUUAUCCCUUUGGAGAACCUAUCAGUCCGGAAGGUGGAUGAUCCCAAAAAGCCAAACUGCUUUGAGCUCUUCAAUCCCAACUGCAAAGGGCAGAAGAUCAAAGCCUGCAAAACAGAUGGGGAUGGGAAGGUAGUUGAAGGCAAGCAUCAGUCCUACAAGAUCUCAGCAGCCACACCAGCAGAGCGUGAUGAGUGGAUUGAAGCAAUACGGACCAGUAUCACACAAGAUCCUUUCUAUGAUCUGGUCUCUGCACGCAAGAAAAAAAUUGCCAGCAAAAACUGAGCCCUGACAUGGUCACUGGUGGCAGGAAAAUGCAGUUGUUGGACAGUUUCCUUCCCACACUGGGAAAGAAAUUUUCCAGUGAAGAAAUUUGGGAGCACCGGUUCUCUCUGCCUCCCACUUGGCAGGAAGAUGACUGACAGGACAACUUGCCAGAUUUGCUUCUUUCCUUUCCAAACUGAAGGUAGAGGUGCAGGGUGCAAUCCACUGAGGACUGUCAGAACUGGGGGCAAGUCUGAACAUAAAGGCUCAACAGCAACUAGACUUUGGAUUCUCCCACGUAGCCCCAGACACGUAGGACAGAAAUCUGAGGGGAGAAAAGAAUGCCUCCAUAAUAUCUCUAGCCCUUCCCACCAUCAAACCAGGCCUGUAUAUUUUUCUGUGAUGAACCAUAUAUAUGCUCUAGGAGCAGCCACGUAUAGAUGUGUAGUGGUUGUGGAGAAGGAGCCACUGAUAUUUAAGACCUUACUUUGAAGUCAGAGGCCAAGGGAAAAUAAAACCCCCUCUUCUAAGAAGAGAGUCCUCUCUACCUCUCCCUAUAGCCAUUAGGGCUGUAACCAUGGAAAGUCACUGCUCUGUAGCCGAGUCAUAGAUUUUAUAAAGUUAAAGGUGUUGGAUGAGGAGAUAAGGAGUAAUUGAGUGUAGAGAGGUUGUGGGACCAGGGAAGCAGCUCUGGGUCUUCUAUCUCUCUGUUUUGAAGUUCAGGGACCACCACAGGUCUCCUUAUGGAAGAAACCCAAACACUACUUCUCCUCCUGGCUGAUGGCUCCCCAGCAAAGUUUGCUUCCUUGUACCACCCCAGACGCCUGGGCUUUGUGACAGAAAGACCUGCAGACAGAAGGUAUGAAAAAUUCGAGAUACAUACAAACUACACACAGACAGAUGCUCAUACACAGAGGCAUUCCCAUCUUCACACAUUUGGUUUCAUCUGGAGUCUGGGUUUUUUUUGUCUCUUGUGUAAAGAAAGAAAUAAAAGUAAUUGAAACAAGCUUAAAACUCAGGGUAACAUGAUAGUUCUAGUGAUAAAGGCAGAGGAUGUAAGAUAAAAGUGUCAUGAUCCGGUGCCUAGCAGAGCAUCCUGAGUACCACCGCAGCUCUGCACUGCACCCAAAAUGCAGGCGGACUGAACGCAUGGCACAAGCAGGCAGCUGUUAGGCGGAGUGGGAGGGAGGAGUUAAGGGUACAGAAGAAAAGGUGCGUGGAGCUGUAAUACUGCGAGCUGUGAGCAGCACAGAAGCAAAUACCAAAGACUCAUAAGAGGUAAUUACACCUGCAGGGUUAAAGGACUUGAUAAGCUAUUGCUGUUUCAUCUGUUACCUUUCAGAUCUCUUCUAGUAAACACUGGUGCUGUCCCUGUCUCUUGCCUUUUUAGUUCCUGCAGAGGGCUCUGUCUACCAGGUAAUAUUCAGCAGGGCAAGCACAUCCUGAUUAUUCAUUCUGGCUGUUUUUGCCUAAGCCAUUGGAAUGUUGAAUUAAUUUCAAGAGGCAGGGAGUGUAUCUGGGAGUUGAAGCACGCGCUCACUCUGGAGAAGGAACGUGAAGGUUUUCUUCUGCUCGUGCCUGCAAAUGUCUCCUGUGUUGACUCUGUUACUGAUGUGAUAGGGAGUGAAUUUUCUGCCCACUGCUCUAGAGCCCGUGUGCUCACACGCACAUUUGCUCUUGCUUUGGGUUUAAUGCAGGGAGGCAGGGUUAUGUCCAGAGGUGAGAGGAGAAGUCAGAAUUUGCCCCUUAUCUUGGCAACAUCUCCAAUAUAUACAAGAAAAAUAUAAAUAUGCACUUGGUUGCUGAGAGAUGCCCCAGAACCCAGGAUUUGGGUGAGAAAUGUCUGUCGUAGUGCCUCUCAGGCUCAUCCUUUCUAUGACAAAAGCAACCACAAUGUAGCCUGGAGUCUCUCAUCUACCACAAUCUGCUCUUGUGUGAGGGAGUCCAGGCUAAAUCCUCCCUAGUUUACCUGGAUCAUUCCUACGAUAGCAAGGAUAGCAAGGUCUUUCCAAGACCUUCCCAGUCCCUCCUUACCCCAAAUCCUUAUAAUUCUCUUCAGGCUGCCUGUGCCCUCUACCCUCCCUUCUUCCCUCUGAUACCCAUGCACUACAGAGCAGAAUUAUUCCUAGAGGGGACAGAGUGGGAAGCACAAGUUGUGAGAGGCAAAACAAUGCGCAGGGACAGGCAAUUUUGUGAUUUCCAUCCAUCAAACUAACCACAAGAGUCAGGAGGAGAUGGGUUUUUUUUCUCCUAGAGGUUGAGGUAGGGAGAGCUAUAGUAACUUUGAGGGUCUAUUGCCUUUCCUUGGUUCCAGCAUAGCAAAUUCAUUUCCAGAUCCCUUUCUAUACCAUGCCCCAAUCUCCUCAGUGCCAUGAACACAAUGGUACCUGAUGUCGCCCACCAGCAACACAACAUGUGCACUCUCCAAGUAGUAUUCCUGACCUCAUGCCUGCUGAAUACCAAGGUGUUUGUAUUAGCCAGGGUAUCUCAGAACAGGUCUAUAAAACUUGACCAUCCACUCAUCCAUGUACUUUGACAGCCAUGCUUGCAACCCUUACAAAUUUGUGAUGGGAAUGAUUGUGCAACUAGAAUGGUACCACCAAGCAAUGUGUUGCCGGUCACCAGCACAAAUCCACUUUGCUGAGAGCAGCUGCAACACCACACAUAUGAAUGCAUACACACAGGCACACACAGAGCCCUUCAGGUACUAAACCUGACAGAUUGCUUUCUGAUAAAUGUGUUCUUCUUUCUCAUCAUAGGCAGUGUAUGUGACUCACACAGACAUACACGCAGAAGACUGACACUUAUUCCCUGUCUGCCUAAGGACUCCUGUGCAGACCCAGUAAUUCAUUUUCAUAAUAAAUGUCCAUCUACUUUCCUAAAAGGAUUGGGAGGAGUAUACUGCAGAUGCGUGGAACAGACGACAUCACUGCAUCCUGCCUCCUCCCUGCUUCUUCCCUUCCUCCUGUCCCCUGUUUAUCAGCUCCUUUUUGGAAGCCUAAUACAUUUUAAAAAGGCUUUCUAGAAAUCGUUUGCAGUGACAGAGAUGGAGCAGCUGUGAGGAGAGCCAGCAGUCUCAUUUAGUAUUGCUUAGGUAUCUAUCAAAGGCUAGAGAAAAUCUCUGGGAGGUGGAGGGGAAGAGCGUGUACAAAUGGAGACAAACUGAACUGAAUUAUUGAUUCAGAGCUGAUGAAAAGGCAUGAGUUGAACCUGCCUGUGUCCAGAGGGUGAAUGCCCUUGGUGAUGGGAGCUCAUGAGCAAAUGGAUGCCUGUGGUAAGGCAAGACUCUGCAAGGGAAUUGACCAGCAGCGGUGUUCAGUGGUGUGGUGGGAGCACCCAUUUGAGAUACUGUCCAUUCCUGGAAGGCCUGAAACUGCUCAGUGCUGUGUGUCACACAGCAUUCGUCACAAAGGGAAAAUCAAGGAACUCUUUUCUGCUAGCUAAAUGGGGUUAUAUGGAGAGGGCCUGAUAGCUCUCUAACUACCUCUUUGAUAUGUCAUGUGAGCCCCAUACCUCAGUCCAACCACAGCACUGCAGGGAUUGGCACGGAGAGGGGUUGACAGGUUUACCAUAAACCUGAAGAAACAAAAAGCUAUUACAAGUUCCUCAUAGGAGUGGGAGCCAGUCUUCAUAUCAUCUGGAAUCAAUCAUUUGUAUGGAAAGAAGAACAGCCCCACUGUAUUUGAUCUGGCUUGAAUGCUGCAGUCAGAUUUGUGGGUCCAACACUCUGAAGGUGGGAGACCCAUUGCAGUAUCUCCUCCCUCUUAAACCUUCUUUGUAUAUAUGCAUUUCACCAGAAAGUCCAGGGCACAAAGCUAGAGGGCAGAAUGGCUCUCAGAGGCACCACGACCUCUUUGCUGCUCCUUCUUCUGGCUUGCUUGUGUCUUCAGCCUGACAGAGGGCCAGCCUGCGGGGCUGGAGGAAGCCCAGGCAGAUUGGGUUGAGACCUAACCAGGGUUUCUUGGAGUGUCACUGCUGUCACAUCUGCAGAGGCUCUGCUGUAAGUAUCUGCGACAGGAGCAUGCAGCUGUCUAAUCUUGCCACGCCAUUUCCAAUCCCGCUGCCUCCCUGCGAUGAAGAUGAAUGUGGACUGUCCCAGGUUAUCACAUUUCUCUGUAUAUGAGCCUGUAUACAGACAUAAGUUUGCUCCCAAAGGCUGGUACUAUCAGGCUAACUGCAAGGAGGCUGUGCACAGUGGGACAGAGGGGACUACAAGGAAAUAGUUGGGAAGGGUCAAGGAGUCUGGGUCUUAUGUGGGCAGUUGAUGGUAAAAGACUUGCUGUGACAACAACUGGGCUUUCACCUCAGCUCCAGAGCAUGGAUGGCACAAAUAUCAGGAAUAAGUAAGGUAUGACAUCCUUGAACAGCCAGCAACCUUUACCACAGCCACUGUUUCACACCACCAAGGGGCACUUCAUGUCACAACAGCUCUCCUCUUUCUGUGGGGUUGAAGGGUAUUGUCCCUAGAUAUGUCAAUCCAACACUUCAGGGAGAGAGUGGAGAUGGUGUAAAGUGGCCAUCACAUCUGGGCCCUCAAGAACACAACAUGUGCAGGGAGAGGACUGUAUGACCUGCUAGCACAGCAAGUCUUUGCUCCUCUACCUUGCUGAAUAAGGGAGGUUACGUGUUCCUUUCUGCAUGUGAGUACAAACACAGGCAUAGAUGUGUAUGUGUGUGCUGUGUCCUGCACACCGAUAGACAGACAUGUCCAAGCAUAUCUGUACAUACAUGGGUACACAGAGUCCACAUGCAUCCCAGGACAAUAACUCUCCUUGCCCUCUCCUUGCAGAAGGACCCUGGCAAAACUAUCCAUAAGGGAAGACCGGAGGUCGCAGAGAAGCAAGGAAGGGCAGUCCUUGGACACCAAACAGUAUGUAGGGAGAGGGAGGCAGGACAGACUGCAGUGAGGUCUGCAGAGACUAUAGAGCUCCUGCCCAGUGGGGCUACGCUAGGGGGAACACAGCCCUUCAUGUGGGGCAAAAUUUGGGGAAGGACUGUGGUAUCUACUUUAAGGGACAUUGCAAAGUGAGGCACUUAACAGUCCCUGCUUCCCUCUGAGGUAUUAGGUUGACCUUAAAGGAAAUAUAGAAAAGACAUUUCCUGCUGCCUCUUUAACUAUGGUGGGUAGCAGCAAGGUUUCUGGAGUUGCCUGAAGAGGUGGUGAUUUGUGCAAUUAACAUCUAAUCAGUUCUAUGAAUAUUUAUUUCUAGUCAGCAAGCUUCUGAGUGACAGUGAAGCCUCAUCUGAUUGGAAUCACAUUCACAGGUAGACCAGAGCCUCCUUUGAGGUUCACAGAUCUCCCACUGGGGCAAAAAACCCAAAAGGUAUAACCAUCCUGCUGUAUAUGGGAGGCACAUAUGCAAUGUGCACAUGGAAAAUUGUAUUAGAUACUUUUUGGGGCGAAUUAUGAGUUUUAAAAUUGACAGGUUGAGGACAGACACCUUGAAAUAGUCUGAUGCAUUAACAAACUUAACCCAUGACUGAGUUUCAGCUUGUUCU